GGGUUUGUGUAUAGGUAGAAAUCUCUUUGAAGUGGAGCCUACCAGCCAUACUUCCUCUGAUCGAUCUUUUUGCCUCUAUAAUCUUCCCAUUUUCCUUUCUUCAACGGUGCUCUAUUUUGCCGCCUCUACAUUACACCUCUUUCAGACAAUUUUUACAGAAACAGACAACAAAGAGAAAAUCUUUUUUUGAGAGAGAGGGACAGAAAGUUUGAAGCUUUUACUGAUUAAACGAAGAAAUCUGUGCUGGGUCUUUUUUGUAUUUUUGAAAGAUUGGUCUUCAACAACACUUUCCUUUAUUCUCUGAAAAGGUUGGUUAAGUUAGUUGAACUGGCUGCAGGCAACACAGAGAUUUGGAUUUCAUAUUUUGGCUUUCUUAUUGGUUGCAAGGCACUGGGUCGAUUGGUUUGGUGGCAGAUUUUAAUCUAUGAUAACAUUCUUGAGUUUCAAAUCCUUGUGUGUUCUCAGAUCUAAAUUUACAUUCACAUGGUCUUCCCUCCUGUUUAUUUGAAGAGUGGGUCUUCAGUUUUUAUUUAAUUGAGGAUGCUUCUUUAUAUGUUAGAUAGCUUUUUAGAUCUACAAAGCCCUAAUAUUGAAGGUUUAUUGAUUUACAUAUUCAAUUUUUGCAAAUGGGACUCAGUUGUUCUUUCAUGUAUUUUAUGCUUUAAGUAGAUUGCAUAAAUUUUAGAAGAACAAGGAGUUUGAAAUUUUUUUCCUCAUCGCUGCUUGUUUCUACCAAUCUUUAAAGUAUCAAACUUUGAAUUCCGUUAUUAAUCUUUUACCUUCAACUUUGGGUGUUCCUACCUUAUCCCAUCUCUCUCUCUUUUUAUUUUUUUAAUCUAAUCUACAUUGCUUUAUUCAUUUAGGUUUAAAGCAUACUGUUAUUAAGGCACUUGAAUUUCCUCCUGCCAGCUACAGACUUUUUUUUCUAAUUCUUUUAUGUUUAGUUCUUUGCUAGAAUGACAGUGACAGUAUCCCUACUAAACCGGAGUUGGUUAUUAUGAAUUACCAUUUCAUUUUUCUUGUGAUUCUAGUAUUUUUUUUAAAAAAAAUCCAUUUUCAGGUUUAUGUUAUGAUUAAAGCGGUUCUUACUUUCAGAGUGGCGUCUCGUACAUAGAGUGCUUGCAUGGGAUUUGGUAUAUUUUGGAUAGAAGCAAUAUGGAUUGUAUCAAUCCUCGGGAAGAUAGCUCCAGGUUUGGGUCGUUACCAGCAACGACCUCAAGGAACAUGUCAUCAUCAUCUUCUGUAUUCUUUUCAGCAAACCAGUCACCAUUCUUCUCUCCAAGAUCACCGAAGUGUCAAUUGUCGGAGUCAACAAGAUCUGAUGCUCAAUGUGAUAGCAUUUUUUUAAGUUCUGAUCCUCUUAGUUCUAGUUCAGGUGUCCGAGAUCCUGAGUCCUUGGUAAAUGUCGGAUUUGCCUUGUCAGAUAUGUUGUCGAGGCCUGCUGCAGGUACAUCAAGUGAUUUCCUGAAGCUGGACCCCCCGCCUUCAACAGCUGGUGUUUCAAAUAACAGUCAGUCCAUUUAUGGCCAUAACCAUGAAAAUAAUUAUCAUGUAAGAGGGAAAUAUCAAAAGCAUUCAAGAGGUUACGAAAUGCCAUCUACUCCAGCUUCAGUUUCACUUUCUUCUAGUAGGCUAAGGUGUUGUGAUGUUUUCAUUGGUUUACAUGGUCGCAAACCUUCCUUAGUGAGGUUUGCUAAUUGGCUUCGUGCUGAGUUGGAGAUUCAAGGGAUUAGUUGUUUUGCAUCUGACAGAGCUCGAUGUAGGACCUCUCGGAAACAUGGAAUUGUCGAGAAGGCAAUGGAUGUUUCUUCAUUUGGGGUUGUAAUUUUAACAAGGAAGUCAUUCAAAAAUCCAUAUUCAAUUGAGGAGUUAAGAUUUUUUGCAAGCAAAAAGAAUUUAGUUCCAGUAUUCUUUGAUUUGAGUCCCAGUGAUUGCCUUGUCAGAGACAUUGUUGAAAAGAGGGGCGAGCUUUGGGAGAAAAAUGGUGGUGAGCUAUGGGCUCUGUACGGAGGGUUGGAGAAGGAAUGGAAAGAAGCUGUUCAUUGUCUUUCAAGGGUUGAUGAGUGGAAGCUGGAAGCUCAGGAUGGUAACUGGAGAGACUGUAUAUUAGGGGCAGUCACAUUACUGGCAAUGAGGUUAGGGAGGAGAAGUGUUGUUGAGAGGUUGGCUAAGUGGAGAGAGAAGGUAGAGAAAGAGGAGUUCCCUUUCCCUCGAAAUGAGAAUUUUGUUGGCAGGAAGAAAGAAUUGUCUGAGCUAGAAUUUAUGCUUUUUGGUGAAGUUAGUGGAGAUUCUGAAAGAGAUUAUUUUGAGCUCAAGGCUAGGCCAGCUAGAAGGAAAAAUUUGACAAUUGGGUGGAGUAAGAGCAGUUUAGUGGAGGAGAGGCGGAGGGAACGACAACAGGGGAGUGGCAGCAGGAAGGGUAAAGAAAAAGUAGUAUGGAAGGAGUCAGAAAAGGAGAUUGAGAUGCAAAGUACUAACUUUCCCCAAUCAAUGCAGCACCAGUCAAGGACGAGGAGCAGUGGACGGCACGCAAGAAGAAAAAGAUCAACAAAGAUUCUGUAUGGGAAAGGGGUUGCCUGUGUGUCGGGGGACUCAGGAAUGGGCAAGACAGAACUUCUUCUGGAAUUUGCAUACCAAUAUCACCAGAGGUACAAGAUGAUUCUAUGGAUUGGUGGUGAAAAUAAAUAUAUCAGGCAAAAUUAUUUGAAUCUCCAGUCAUUUUUGGAUGUAGAUGUGGGGUUCAAAAACUCAGAGAAAAGCAGGAUAAAGAGCUUCGAAGAGCAGGAAGAAGCUGCUAUCUCUAGGGUUCGGAAGGAGCUCAUGAGAAAUAUACCAUGUCUGGUGGUGAUUGAUAACUUAGAGAGUGAAAAGGAUUGGUGGGAUCGGAAGCAUGUAAUGGAUCUUCUUCCUCGUUUUGGUGGGGAGACCCACAUAAUAAUAUCUACUCGUCUUCCACGUGUGUUGAAUUUGGAACCUCUGAAACUUUCUUACCUUUCUGGAGUUGAGGCAAUGUCUUUGAUGCAAGGAAGUGCCAAAGAUUACCCAGUGGCUGAAAUUGAUGCCCUCAGGAUUGUUGAAGAGAAAGUUGGAAGACUGACUCUGGGUCUUGCCAUUAUAGGUGCAAUUUUAUCUGAGCUACCAAUAAAUCCAAGCAGGCUUUUGCACACCAUUAACCGAAUGCCUUUAAGGGACUUUUCAUGGAGUGGUAGGGAAGCUCAUUUAUUGAGGAGAAACACUUUUUUCUUGCAACUCUUAGAGGUAUGUUUCUCAAUAUUUGAUCAUGUGGAUGGGCCGAGGAGCUUGGCAACCAGAAUGGCCCAGGCAAGUGGUUGGUUUGCACCAGCUGCAAUUCCUGUAUCCUUUCUAGCCUUAGCUGCUCAUAAAAUACCGAGGAAGGAUAAAGGGACCAAGUUGUGGAGAACAAUGUUACAUUCUUUACUUUGUGGUUUUAAUUCCUACACAAAGCGAUCAGAAGCAGAAGCGGCUUCGAUGUUAUUGAGAUUUAAUGUUGCAAGAAGUAGUACAAAGCAUGGCUAUCUCCAUGUCAAUGAAGUCGUCAAGCUUUAUGCUCGACAGAGAGGAGCUGAUGGAACUGCACAUGCUGUUGUUCAAGCCAUCAUAAAUCGCGGAUCUAUAUCCCAACAUUCAGAACAUAUUUGGGCAGCAUGCUUCUUGCUAUUUGGAUUUGGUAAUGAACCUUCUGCUGUUGAGCUCAAGGUCCAAGAAUUGUUAUCCCUUGUCAAACAAGUUGUUUUGCCUCUUGCAAUUCGGGCAUUUGUUACAUUCUCUCGAUGCAGUGCUGCUUUAGAACUCCUCUACCUCUGUACCAGUGCUUUGGAAGCAGCAGAGCAAGCCUUUAUAACUCCAGUUGAGAAGUGGUUGGACAAAUCACUUUGCUGGAGGCCCAUCCAAACGAACGCUCAGUUGAAUCCCUACCUGUGGCAGGAGUUGGCACUAUCACGAGCAACAGUUCUAGAAACUAGAGCCAAGCUAAUGCUUAGAGGGGGCCAAUUUGACAUAGGGGAUGAUCUUAUUAGGGAGGCAAUUUUUAUCAGAACAUCAAUUUGUGGGGAGCAUCAUCCAGACACCAUAUCAGCACAAGAAAUUCUGGGUAACAUCACUAGGCUUCUGGCAAAUGUUCAAAGUCAUACUUCACCAUAGGGUUUUAUUAUUUUUUUUUGUACCAAAACUUACAUUAGAUCUAUACAAAGUUACUAAUAAAACUGCUGAAAACAGUUGAGGGGAAUUUUCCACACCAUUUUUACAUUAAUGAGAUUCCUUUCUAUUUAUGAUU